UGUAAACACCUCGCUGAACGAUAAACAAAGCGGCGCAGUAUUUAUCACCGUCACGCGCGCUUUCGAACAGCCAAUCGCUACCAGUAACUUCAUGUGAAAUCAAGUAAAUACUACCGAUCAUAAGAUGAAAACGCUUGUUAUUAUCGAUACUUCCAAGCAAACGCGCAAGAUUGUCCCGGAACAUGCCCAAGAAAUUGGUCGUGGGAAGUUUCUGGAGUGUGAAGAUAAACGAGUGUCUCGAACCCAUGGUCGGAUUACGAAGGAAACGAAAGGGUCAAAAUUAUUGCUACGACUCGAGUCGUUGCACAUAAAUUCGAUAUUUUGUCGAAAAAAAGAAGGUACCUCGGAUUACCUGCUGAAAAAGGAUGAAACUAUACUGCUAGAAGUGGGUGAUAGGUUUCGAUUGAUUCAGGACGGCGAUUGGUUUGAGGUGGGAGAAGAUACGUCCGAUAUUGAUUCACAAAGCACAGCCAUGUCGGUGGAAACGGAAAGUCAGAGUUCCAGAUUGCAAGAAGAAGCGCCAUCCAAACGAAAACAUGAUUCGGAUCAUGCAGAGGACACGUUCAAAAGGCAACGCGUAGUUGGUGAGGAUAGCGGCGACGAACCGUCCACUUCGUCGCAAUACCUUUCAGCCAAUCAGUCCGAUCAGGCCGAUCUGGAAAAAACGAUGUCCCAAGACAUUAAUUCAACUGAUGCAGAAUCUGCUCCAGCUGCUGUGAUUAAGCCCGAUCCCGAACAAUUGCCUACGAGUUGUAACAUUCCGCAAGUGCAGAUAAAACCCGACCCAGACGCAGAAGAAUGCAACACGGCGUCGGGACCAUCGGGAGGCUCGAUAGCCGGCAAUGUUCCGCCAGUAUCUGUCAAACCUGAUCCAUAUGCCAUGGGAGGUAAAGUUGGAUUGGGUGUCAUGGGUCCGGGUGCUGCUGUACUGCGUCCUUCAUGCGAUUUCGGAAUACGUUGCUAUCGUGCUGGUCAAGACCAUCGCAGUGCAUUUGCUCAUCCGGGCGAUCUUGAUUAUCGACGACCGAAUUUACCGCCACCUCCGCCCGGCACGCCGAUGUGUCCAUUCGGGGCACGCUGUUAUCGACGAAAUCCGCAGCACUUUCGUGAAUACGAUCAUCCCGAUCCGAAUGCUGUUUUACCACGUACGCCAAGACACAAUGGUGCAUCCAGACGGCAAGCCGAUGACGAUAUGUCCGAUGAAGAAUAUCCUUACGAAUCUGAACCCGAUUUUGACGACACAUCGUCGGAUGAGUAUAUCCCUGGAAUGGGCGAGGAGAGCGAUGACAUUGCAAGCGAAGGCGACGAUGAUCAUGAUAGUGGACUAGAUUGCUAGGCCUGU